AAAAAAAAAAGAACGAAGAAAUUCAAAAACCUAACACCUUCUCCCUUAAACCCCAAUUGGAAAAAAAAGAUUAAUCAUUUUUUCGUUUAAAUGGCGACGACUCUUGCAAACAGAGCAUCACUAACUACUAAUCAAACCCUAAGAACCUUAUUAAUCAGAUGUUCAUCAUUCAAUUUUUCAAAAACAUUUAGCACAGGCACUGCCACUACAUCUCCAACUGAUGCUAAUGCAACAGCAAUUAAUUCCAGCAAAAAGAAAAAAAAGAAGAAAAACUUUUUUGAAAUAGCCCAGUUUUUACCCAAUUGGGGACUUGGUUAUCAUUUGGCUAAAUCGCAUUGGAAAGAUGUCUCUUAUGAGCUCACCAAAAUUAAACUCAACAAGGAUGGUAAGCAUGGAAAAGCUUGGGGGAUUGCUCACAAAAAUGGAUUACCAGCUGCUGUUGCUGCUCCUAAGAGGAUAAGUGGGGUUCAUAAGCGCGGCUGGAAAUACAUCCGAGGCUUAUCAAAAUCAUCAGAAAGCAAGCCAACAUCCACAUUAUCAACAGAAACUGCUCCAAAGGUUGAAGUUGAAGCAGCUUAAUAUCCCUUUAAGUUGAAGAUUAGCAAUUUGUUGAAUAGGUUGUGGUUGGAUGUUCUGGAAUCCUGGAUCGGAUUGUUUUGGUGGACUUGUGAUACUUUUUUCUCCUUUUCUGUAGCAUCCUUGUUAGAUGAACUCAAAGCAAUAGAAACAGAAAUCUGCAGUUAGCAAAAUGUUGAGCUUUAUAUUCUUAGCUCGGCAAGGUCUUAUUGGAUUUUGAUCUCUCUUAUCUCUAAUUAUUAAUAAUUACUGGAUCCUCCCCUUGUUUGUGGACAUGUGUGCUUGUGUUUGUACACCCUUUUUGGAGGUGCCAUAUGGGGGGACUCGGGAUCACGCUGGGGACACGGAGAAGAAAGUGUUCCGGCAGUGUUUACUGUUGAAAGGAUGGGAUAUGCAGGGACACUUCAGAGGACAUGCCGGGACACUCCUGGAGACACUUUAGGAGUGAUUUAGUUUUUAAAACUUGUCGUUGGAGUUAAUUUUAAUGAAUUAAACUUCUUUUUAACUUAUAUUGACUGAAUCGUUAAUAUUAUUACUUAUAUGUACAAUUUA